GUGUUGAAGAACACUCGCUUGACAACUCUCCUAUACUGGAUGACAGGUCAGCACUUUACUCUGGAGUUCACAAGAAGCAAUUCUACUUUGACGGCUCCUGCGAAAAGCAGCCAGAGGAUGAGUCGGACUCACUUACUACUUCUCCCUCAUCCAGCAGUCUUGAUACAUGGGGAGCUAACCGGAAGCUGGUGAAGACCUUCAGCAAAACUGAUAGCCGUGGCCUUAUCAAGCCUCCCAAGAAACUUGGGACAUUUUUCUCUUACCCAGAAGAGGAGAAGACCCAGAAAGUUUGCCGCUCCUUGACAGAUGGGGAAAUGAAGAAGAGCCUCGGCUCACUGAGCCACGGGAGAACCUGUAGCUUUGGAGGAUUUGACUUGACAAAUCGUUCCCUUCAUAUUGGAAACAGUUCUGACCAACUGGGCAAAGAAGGAGACUUUGUUUAUAAAGAAGUGAUCAAAUCACCCUCUGCUUCCCGUAUAUCUCUGGGCAAAAAGGUGAAGUCUGUCAAAGAAACCAUGAAGAAAAGGAUGUCCAAAAAAUACAGCAGCUCUCUGUCUGAGCAG